AUGGGGCUACCCUCCCCGCCGCGGCCGCUGCUGAUGUCAGCCUCGCUCGCGCUCGCUCCUCCCGCACCCACCUCCCGGCCCCAGGCACACUGCAUCGGCGCGGACGCUCCGGCCCGGCGAGGUGGCUGCAAACUCGCGGGCACGCACGGCGCCCGGGGAGCCGAGGGACUCGGGGGAGGGGACGCACGCGGAAGGCGCCAGCUUCCUCCCGCCCGCCCCUGGCAGCCGCGAGCCGAGGUUGGAGGCGCCCGGGGCUCCAGGCGGGCAGAGCCGAGCGGCGGCGGCGGCGGCUUCCCUUUUCUCCCCGAGCCGAGCCCCGGAGUGGCGCGGGGACGGGCCCUAAAAAGAGCAGGAAAUCUUGUUUACCGCCCGCGGAGAGGAGCCGAUCGAGCCUUUGUCUGGAAAGUCAGCAUCUCCCGCUCCGGCUGCGAUGUGUUCCUGGUGACAUUAGCCUCGGGCAGACCCGCCGGAGGAGGGGGGUCGCCAGGUUCCCGUCUGCUUUCGGGGGCGGAUCGAGCGGGGGACUUUUGUGCAUUCGUUUUGAUUUUGGGGAACCUCUCUUUUUUUUCCUCCCUCGCCCGCUGCCGGGCAUGUCCUGAUCUGGCGGCCGCUCCUACCACCUCGGGCUUAGGAGCAGAGCCGUCCCUAGCGGGUCUCCCUGCUGCCUGACUUUGCAACACCGCGUUCCGGGAGCACCGGCCUCGGCGACGGAGGAGGCGGGGGAGCCGCGAACACCCGGACCCAAACCCUGACAUGCUCCGGGGCGGAGAGGAGGAAGCCAGGAGCUGAGCGCGCUGCGGAGGCUGCUUCGCUCGCCGGCUCCGAGCGCGGGGCUCCGGGCGCCCUGCCCUGCGCCUGGGCGGCAGCCUUGCUGAUCUGGGGGGCGCCCCCCGCUUCCCGCCC